GCCUGGAACGGGGGGGAGCAGCCCCCAGGGAGGUGUGAAUGGAGUUUGGGAAGCACGGGGUGUGUUCUUGCCCUCGUCCUGCCUGCCUGCCCUCCCUCCAAAGAAGUGCCCUGUGGGUCAGCAGUCAGGGGUGUCUGGCAUGGACUCACCAUCUCCUCUGCUUUGCAGCGCUGUGGGAAUGACAAGGAAGAUCUUCACCAACACCAGGGAGCGAUGGAGGCAGCAGAACGUCAACAGCGCCUUUGCCAAGCUGAGGAAACUCAUUCCCACCCACCCGCCCGACAAAAAGCUCAGCAAGAACGAGACGCUGCGGCUCGCCAUGAGGUACAUCAACUUCCUCGUCAAGGUGCUGGGAGAGCCCGGCCUGCAGCAGACGGCAGCGGCAGCACGAGGCAGCCUCCUGGGCUUCUUCCAGCAAGCCCCACGCCUGCAGAGCAUGGAGGAGCUGGCUCUGGUUGAGAGCUGUGGCGCCUCCUCUCCUGGUGGGAGCAGCAAUAUUGCAGAGUGCUGCUGGCCAGAGACUUUGUCUCCUUAGCAGACAACGAAGAGUUUGGUGUUAGUCUGAUACAUGUAUUUCCCUCCCCCCACCU